AUGCUGACGGGGGGAACCCAUGUACAUGGUCAUGUUGUCUGAUAGCGCCACCAGGAAAGAAUUUGUGAGAACACCGGACGGAACGGAAGAUCGGAACAACGGUUGCUAGCGUUCCUUCGUUCACAGGGGCAGCCAGCCAAAGCGAACACAGUGAAAAGCAAAUUGAUAAAACUGCCCCACGGAAUAUACCCUGUCUCCCCCUCCCUGCCAUAUGGCUACCAGCUCAAAUAUAGAUAUAGAUGCUACUCAGCAUCUUCGAGACAUCCUGAAACUAGACCGUCCAGGGAGUAGCGUCGCCGAAGUACCCACCUCGGCGCUUCCCAAGAAGACCUCGUUCAAUGGCGAGUUGAACGGUGUACUUGGUGCGGAGUUCAUCGGACCAGGUGACAGUACGGGCAUGGCCACAGCAUCCAGCGACAGCCCAGAGACCCUCAACACACAGGACUGCCAGACCAUUGCCCUGUCAGGGGAUGAUGGCUCCACCUGUAUCUCCAUCACCUCCAGUCUAGUAGAGAUUGUGGCCAGCCGAGACUCCAGCAUCGACAGCAAGGCACGCGGCAGCAACAAGGUGAAGAUCCAGCCCGUGGCCAAGUACGAUUGGGAACACAAGUAUUACUAUGGCAACCUUAUUGCCGUAUCCAACACAUACCUGGCUUAUGCCAUCAGAGGAGCGAACAACCACGCGAUGAUCCGUGUGCUGAGCCUGGACAGUGCGGAGCGUACGCUGCUGAAGGGCUUCACGGGGGCGGUGACGGACCUGGCCUUCGCACACCUGGACUCCACCAUGCUGGGCUGCGUGGACGAGGCCGGGAACCUCGUCAUCUGGCAACUCACCAGCACGCAGGCCAAGAUACAAGACGAGGUGGUGGUGCAUAUCCGGCGUCCAGAGGGCACGCCCCUCAACUCGUACCGCCGCCUCAUAUGGUGCCCCUUCAUACCCGAGGAGAACGAGAGCCCAGAGGACUGCCAGACCCUCGCCCUGCUGCACGAAGACAGAGCGGAGGUGUGGGAUCUGGACGUGCUGAAGUCCAGCCACAGCUCCUGGCCAGUGGACGCCACAGAGAUCAAGGACGGCUUCCUCACCAUCAAAGGACACAACUCUCGUAUAAGUGAGGGGGCUUUGUCCCCCGAUGGCACAGUGUUGGCCACUGCCAGCCACGACGGCUUCCUGAAGUUCUGGCAGAUCUACAUAGAGGGCCAACAAGAUACACCCAGGUGUGCUAAUCCGAAGUGUCUUCAUGAGUGGCAGCCCCAUAAGGGGAGGUCUCUGUCCUGUCUGCUCUUCUGUGACAACCACAAGAAGCAGGACCCCGAUGUUCCGUUCUGGCGGUUCCUCAUCACCGGAGCGGAUCAGAACCAGGAGCUGAAGAUGUGGUGCACCGUCUCAUGGACCUGCCUUCAGACCAUCAGGUUUUCUCCAGACCCCUUAAACUCCACUGUGCUGCCCAGUCUGAAGGCCAGCCUGGACCUGUCUGCUGAGUGCCUCAUCCUCACGGACGUGCAGAGGAAGGUGCUGUAUGUGAUGGAGCUGCAUCAGGACCAAGAGAAGGGCCGUGCCAGCUUCACAGCCGUCUCCGAGUUCCUGCUCACCCACCCGGUCCUCAGCUUCGGCGUACAGGAAGUCACGCACAGUCGCCUGCGCCACACUGAAGUGCUUCCCCCCGACGAGGAGAGCGAGAGCAUGACUGCAGAGGGGAACCAGGGCCACAUGGAGUCCAAGGCGGGGAUCAAAAUCAAGCUGUACUGCGUCCACACCAAGUCUCUGCAGGAUGUGCAGAUCUGGUUCCAGCCUGACCUGGGCUCCUCCGGCUCCCUCUGUGCAGCCCCACACUCCGACUCCCAGGAGGCACUGGCUGCGUUCUCGGACCAUGUGAGUGUGGAGGCAACGAGCUCUGAUAAGGACUCUGGGAGUGAGUCGCAGAGUGACCUGGUGAAGAUUCCCGCGCUGCCGGCGCCUGCAGACUUCCUCAGCUCACCAGGGGGCACUAUGGGGGCCGCCAUGCCCAAACUCAUGACCCCCGACGCCUUCAUGACACCCAGCGCAUCUGCCUCCCCUCCUCAGAUGCCGGCGUCUCCAGGCAGUGGAGCCAGCAGCAGCCUCACCAUCGUCACUGGCAUGAGCUCCGACGGAGGGGCCAGGGGCGGUGGUGAGGAGAUGAGUCCUAAGGCAUCAGUGGAGAGUGUCAGCAGUGGCCUCAGCCUCAGCACCAGCAGCCCUCGCAACAGCGCCAUACUGCUGUCUGGACUAGGGGAUAUACAGGUGCCGCCCAUGUCUCUGGACCUGCAGGCCUUGGACGCGCCCCUGCUGCUGCCGCAGUCGUCCCCCACGCGGCCCCGCUCCCCUGACGUGGUGUCCUCCGCCUCCACCGCCAUGUCCCAGGACAUCCCCGAGAUCGCCUCGGAGACCCUGCAGAGAGGCAGCCUGGCCGCCAGCGUAGCCGCCGUUGCUGCCGCCAACGCAGCAGCAGCAGCAGCCGCUGCCAACGACCCCCUGCAGGCCUCGGCAUCGCCUUCCUCCGCCCCGCCCCUGUCCCUGCCCGGUCUCCACGGCGACGGCAGCAUGGCCUCGGCUGCCUCCGCGCUGCACCUGCUGUCGCCUCGCAACCGAGGAGGAAUAGGGGGCGGGGGCGGGGGAGGAGGGCCGGAGGUGCUGGGGCUAGGGCUGCCGCCGCUGGACCUGGGCCCAGGAAUGGGGACCUCGGAGGGGGAGCAGCGCCUCAGCAGCACCCCCUCCCUGCUGGAGAACGCCCUGGCUGUCGGGGCAGGGGAGGGCAGCCACGCAGCCCACUCGGCCGGCGCCGCCUGCUCGGAUAACGGCAUCAGCCACGCCUGGCCCGCCGCCCCGGACAUCACCCGCGAGACGCGCAACAGUCUCCGAGACAAUGGCAUGGGAGAGUGCUCAAGAGAGGACCUGAAGGAUAGGCACAUCUCCUCUCCAUACCACAGACGCACUUACCACCUCACACAGAAUGACAGCCAGGAUGCCAGCGCAGAGCAGAGUGAUCAUGAUGAUGAGGUGGCCAGUCUGGCGUCGUCAUCUGGUAACGGGGCGUCUCGCCCCAGCCACAGCCACCGGCUGCCUGCUAAGGACUGGAAGACAUCGCCCCGCGGAUCCCCAAAACUCAAACGCAAGAGCAAGAAGGACGAGGGAGAGUCGUCACAGAUGCGGCAGGUUGACCACCACCAGAUGACUCCCGAGGUGUGUGAGGAGCUGCUGUUGCUGUUGCGUAGUCAGCAGCGUGAGAUGGCCGAGCUGCGUCAGAGUCAGCUGGAGCUGAUGACCAGGCUGACCGGACACAUGGACGCCGUACAGGGAUCCCUCAUGGCACACCUGGAGCACACCAUGAGGACACACACCGAGCAGGAACAGCGUCGUGUGGAGCGGCUGGUGACGGAGGGGCAGCAUCGGCAGCUGCAGAUGCAGGAGCAGCUCUCCCAGCAGCUGGCACAGAGCCUGGGCAACACCCUGGCCAACCGCAUAGACAAGGUGCUCCGGGACGAGAUGAAGAAGACCGUACCUCAGACCAUCUCCAAGAGCCUGGAGCCAGUGACGGGGCAGAUGAGCAACACCAUCGCUGCCAAGCUGGCGGCCGUGGAGGGCACACUCAAGGAAAAUGUCACCAAGGUGGUCAAGUCAAAGAACACUACAGAUGCUAUCGGGCGUGCGGCAGCAGAGGCCAUGCAGGGCCCCAUCCAGGCGGCGUAUAAAGAGGCCUUCCAGAGCAUCGUGCUGCCCGUCUUUGAGCGCGGCUGCCAGUCCAUGUUCCAGCAGAUCAACGACAGCUUCAAACAGGGCACACAUGAAUACAUCCAGCAGCUGGAGUCGCAUGUGAAGAGCCGUAAGCAGCGUGAGCAGGAGGCUCGGGACCCUGUGAUUGGCCAGUUGCAGCAGAUGAUUGACACCUUCCAGAGCAGCACGGACCAGCUGGCCAAUAGCGUCACGGCCAGCGUACGCUCUGAAGUCCAGCACCAGCUACACCUCGUCGUCGGGAACCUGCAGGACUCCAUCCUCACGCAGGUGCAGCGCAUUGUGAAGGGUGAGGUGAGCUUGGCCAUGAAGGAGCAGCAGGCUGUGGUGACGUCCAGCAUCAUGCAGGCCAUGCGCUCAGCUGCCGGCACCCCCGUCCCCACCGCACACCUGGACUACCAGAGCCAGCAGGCCAACAUACUGCAGCUCCUACAGCAGGGACACCUCAACCAGGCCUUCCAGCAGGCGUUGUCUGCUGCGGAUCUGAACCUGGUCCUCUACGUGUGUGAGACGAUAGACUCGCAGCAGGUGUUUAGUCAGCACCCGUGCCCCCUCAUCCAGCCCGUACUGCUCUCACUCAUCCAGCAGCUCUCCACCAACCUGGGCACGCGCACCGAGCUCAAGAUCAGCUACCUGGAGGAUGCGGUGAUGAACCUGGACCACGGUGACCCGGUGACGCGUGACCACAUGAGUGCAGUUCUGGCCCAGGUGCGGCAGAAGCUCUUCACCUUCCUGCAGCAGGAGCCCCACUCACCGCUCAGCAAGAGGGCACGCAGGCUUAUGAUGAUGCUUCAGGGCCUAGUGGCCAACCACUAACACACGCACACAUGCCUUCUCUAACACACACACACACACACACACACACGCACACACUCACUUGCCGCUUAGCAAGAGGGCACGCAGGCUCAUGAUGGUGAUGCUGCGGGGCCUAGUCACCGACCACUAACACACACACACACACACACACACACACACACACACACACACACACACACACACACACACACACACACACGUACGUAUAAACAGACAAACAUACUGGCCCUCCUUAUUACAUACACACAUUCAUAUACACGCCUUCUUUGAUAAAUACAUGCAUACAAGCCCAUGGUAAAGCGUGCACACUCACACACUCACACACACACACACACACACACACUCACACACACACACACACACACAGCUGUGUAGAACUGUGUGGUUCUACUAUUUCCAACAUUGAUACACAAUGUUGCAAUGUCCAACAGCAUAUUGUCUCUCCCAGACCCGCACGUGUACAGCUCGCCCCUCCCCACACACAAACACACACAAUUUUUUUUUAUUUUAUUUUUUGACCUUUAGCUUUUUUUUGUGAGUCCACCCCACCUGCUGCAGAAGUGUAUAGAGACUAGUGAAGGCUUGGGCUGCGGGAGGUGCUCGCUCUGCGCCUCUCCCCUCUCCCUCAUACGUACGGUUGUGUGGAGAGGCGAGGGAGGUGGUGGAGGGUGGAGUCACAUGUGCUCUUCCAUGCGUUUCAUUGGAGAAUGGAGGUGGCAGCCAUUGCAUUCUCCACCGCACCGCCUCCUCUUCCCCCCUUCUCCUCCUCCUCCCUCUCCUGUCAUGGCUCGUCUUCUGCUUUGAUGAGCUACACGAAAGAAAAUCAGCGUCUAUACUUUUUUUUCUUUUUUCAAUGAUGAUGUUUUGAUUAUGAUUGUUUCUUGUAAGUGACUGAGAGAAGUCCCCUGCCUGUCGUGUGGCAGGCAUGAAGGGGAUGGGGGUUGGGGGGGGGCGCUGCGUGCAGAAGAAUAGAAAACCAAAAUUGACCUUCCUGUGUUGAACUGCUUUGCUUUGUUGAAUGGGACGACCACGUGCAAGUUAAUUCUGAGUUCUUCCCCACUGAACGCUGUCCAGACGGACUGGCCGAGCUGCAGCCCCAAUAUUUCACUUUCGUUUAGCCCUCUUUUCUUUUCUCUGUUCACUUCAUAAGCUGAAAGGACUUAAGGUACAUACGCACAGGAUUUUGUCUACCAGAAACUCUGACUCUUAUGUUUCUGUUUUUGUUUGUGUGUGUGAAUGUGUUUGAGAGGGAAGCCCCAAUGUUACAAUUUGUUUAGAAAAGAACGAAAAAAACUGUAGUUGAGUUGGGUGUACCAAGACGGGGUGUGUUCAGUAGGACUGAGUUCAUGUUAAGUGAAGUUGUUUUCUCUAUUCUGUUUUUUCCUGUUAUAGUUUAUGCGGGGUACUGCAGCCUUCUGCACAUUAGUUUAAUGCAGGAGACGGCAGCAUCCUCAGUACCCACAGUUAAGUACAUUAGUACUCGUCAGGAGCAUGAUCAUUGGGACACGCGCACACACACAACAGAAAUGGCCGUCCAUAAUUUCCUUUUUGCUCCAUGGUCUGCACAUGCAUACACACACAGACAAUAAUCCAUCAGCUUCUCUCAUUGAUUAUAUUCCCAGUAUAUAUUAAAGUCCUGAUUAUUUUUAUAUAUCAGGUGAAUAGUUUGAGAGAAAGUUUUCAAUUGCAAAUUGAACAGAAUCAGUUAUUGUGGAGAGAUGGUGUAUCUCGUAUUUAAUUUGUAAGUGUGCAGUUCAUGCUUUGCUCCCUAGAGGGCACUAACUAUGAUAUUUAACAAGUUUUGUUAUCAUGCAUCUAUUACCAGUAUAUGUAUGCAGCUUAUCUUUCCUCUUUUCGUUUUCAUUUUUUGACACAAUUUGGAGGAAUAUUAUCAAGAAAGUGCCUUAACGAUGUCCUAUUGUCUGGGUGGUCAAUUGGCCCUAACGGUACUGUAGUGCCUGUUGGACACUUCUGAUACUGUACACCCCGUUGAUGAUGCACUGUCUUAACGAAAUGUAAGAAUAAGGCCUGUCAAAUGGUCUUCAACUGCAGAUGUUAAGUUGUCCCGUUCAGACCUGGUGAGGUGAGCUGAGCUCCUUAGUUGCUGUUUCUGUAGGCCAUGUGAAGUCAUGGCCCCCCUUGCUCGCCUCAGUUCUGUUUUCUCUGGCUGACCAGCUGCAUCAGAUGUAUCUCGGCAUGUUAAAGAGCUGCACAUUUCAAUUAAUGUAAUCCUUUAGAAGCAGGACGAGCAGCUCUUCACUUUUUUAUUAUUACUCUUUCCCUUUGUAAGAAACGAGCAAUGUACUUAAACAAAUAUUAUUGGUCAUAUUCCAUCAGAGACUACCGUUGGUCAGGUGUCUUGGCCACUAGUGUGUUGGCUUUUGGGAAUCUCUCCCUACCCCUUUUCUUUGAUUGUUGAAGCAUCCCUUUAAUUGGUAAAUACGGCGCUCUUCUAUUUCAGGACGCGUCCAUAAGCUGCAGUGUAUACAUUUAUGUUUUCCUUCCUCUUCUGUUAUCCAUUAAGAUCAGUACUUAUCAGGGUCUAGCGACAAAUAGACGUGAAUGUCCAACCGAGGCUUGCACAUAACGCUAUAAAGUCAAAACUAUUUUCCUCUUCAAACGUUGCGUAUUAAGAUUUAGCUCUUGUGUAUGAGAAGAUUCAAAACGUUUUGUCAUUUUGCCAUUGUGGUUUUGUUCAUUGUGCUUGAACUAUGUUGUAUAUUUUACACCUGUUUCUUUUACCUUAGGCGUUUUGGAAUAAAAAACAGAAAAUCACAACGUUCAA